AUGGCUCAAAAAGUUUUGUUGUUAGGUACUGGUUUCGUUGCUAAACCAACCGUUGACAUCCUCGCCGCUACCGAAGGGGUUGAAGUAACCGUUGGUUCUCGUACCUUGGCUUCUGCCCAAAAAUUGACCGAAGGUAACUCUGCCAAGGCUAUUUCCGUCGACGUUAACGAUGAAAAGGCUUUGGACGCCGAAGUCGCCAAGGUUGAUGUUGUCAUCUCAUUGAUCCCAUACAUUUACCACGCUACUGUUGUCAAGAGUGCCAUCAGAAACAAGACCAAUGUCGUCACCACUUCUUAUAUCUCCGAUGCCCUCAAGGCUUUGGAACCAGAAAUCAAGGCUGCCGGGAUCACCGUCAUGAACGAAAUUGGGUUGGAUCCAGGUAUCGACCACUUGUACGCCGUCAAGACCAUUGACGAAGUCCACCAAGUUGGGGGUAAGAUCAAGUCCUUUUUGAGUUACUGUGGUGGUUUGCCAGCCCCAGAAGAUUCUGACAAUCCAUUAGGUUAUAAGUUCUCUUGGUCCUCCAGAGGUGUGUUAUUGGCCUUGAGAAACAGUGCUAAAUACUACCAAGAUGGUGAACUUUGUCAAAUCACUGGCGAACAAUUGAUGGCCACCGCCAAGCCAUACCACAUCUACCCAGGUUACGCUUUCGUUUGUUACCCAAACAGAGACUCUACUCAAUACAAGCAAUUAUACAACAUUCCAGAAGCUGAAACUGUCAUCAGAGGUACUUUGAGAUACCAAGGCUUCCCAGAAUUCAUCAAGGCUUUGGUUGACAUUGGUUUCCUUAAAGAAGACCCAAUUCCAGAAUUGUCUUCUGCUAUCCCAUGGAACCAAGCCCUUGCCAUCAUUUUGGGCAUCAAGUCUACUAAGACUGAAGAUUUGAUCGCCGCUAUCGAAUCCAAGACCAAGUUCCCAAGUGCUUCUGAAAAGGAAAGAAUCUUGAACGGUUUCAAAUGGUUGGGUCUUUUCUCUGAAACCCCAAUCAUUCCAAGAGGUAACCCAUUGGACACUUUGUGUGCCACUUUGGAAGAAUUGAUGCAAUAUGGUCCAACUGAAAGAGAUUUGGUUGUGUUGCAACACAAAUUCGGUAUCGAAUGGGCUGACGGCACCACCGAAACCAGAACCAGUACUUUGGUGGACUACGGUGUUGUUGGUGGUUACACCUCUAUGGCUAAGACCGUUGGUGUUCCAUGUGCUGUUGCUACUUUGCAAGUUCUUGAUGGUACCAUCAGUGAUGUUGGUUUGGUUGCCCCACACACUCCAAAGAUUGUUUACCCAUUGCUCAAGACAUUGAAGGAAAAGUACGACAUCUACUUGACCGAAAAAACCUUGUAA